AAUAACUAUAAAAUAGGACUCUUUAUUAGUUUAACAAAAAUUCCUCUGCAAUGCAAGUUGAAGAACCAAUUGUCAAACCUAUGUUGCCAUGAGUAGAAAAAUAGUAUAAAUUAUUUAUAUUAAAUUAAAGUCGUCCUAAUAAAAUAGAAGAUCUUGCAUAUUAGGAAGAAGUAGUUUUAAAGUUUAUAAGGAGUUUUCAGAAUUGGAAAUCUGCCUCAUCUUCUAUUACAUGGACCUCCAGGAACAGGAAAGACAUCUACAAUUAUAGCAUUAGCAAAAUAAUUAUUAGGACCAGAAUUUUGGAGAUUAAGGGUAUGAGAAUUAAAUACUUCAGAUGAUAGAGGAAUAAAUGUAGUUAGAAAUAAAGUUAAAAAAUUUGCAGAAUAAAUAGUUGCUAAAAAUCCAAACUCUAAUUUUAUAAAAUUAUUAUUCUUGAUGAAGCUGAUUCUAUGACUAAUGAUACUUAAAGUGCUCUUAGAAGAAUAAUUGAAGAUUAUGCUUCAACAACUAGAUUUUGUAUUAUUUAUAUUACAAAAGUAAAUUAAUAAUUUAAAUUAGAUUAUUGAACCUUUGGUAUCAAGAUGUGUUAAAUAUAGAUUUAAACCAAUUCCUGAAAAUGAGUAGAUAGAAAGACUAAAAUAUGUGGCUGAUAAAGAUGAUAUAAAUAAAUAGAUGAUCUUGUAUCUGUCAUUUAAACUAACAGUCUUAGAUUUAUUCAAGAAGAAUGUGUUAGAGUUAUUUAAUAAGGUAUAAUAUUGAAUAGUUAGUAUUUACAAUAAUUAUUAUAGAUUUUACAAUUUGUGGAAGCUGUAUUACACAUAGGAAUACUUAUAUUAAAAAUUAAUCAAAUCUUAAAAAAUAUUAAAAUUUCUAUUGUAUCAACUUAAAUUAUUAAAGAAAAACAUAAAGCAAAGA